AUGUUCGAGGCCCUGUGGCGGCGCCACCCGCCCGCGCUGGGGACGGCCAGGCUGUUCGGCAGGGAGGUGACGAUGCACCGCUACCAGCAGGCCUUCGGCGCGGACUACGCCUUCUCCGGCCAGCUUGCGCAGGCGGCCCCGCUGACUGAGGAUGCUGCGCCCGAGGUGUUUUUCGUGAAGGAGGAGCUCCGGCGGAUGCUGUCCGCGAGCGGCAGCCCCCUCCGGGAGUGGCGGUACGAGGCCUGCCUGGUGAAUUGGUACGACGGCGGCGGCUCCAUUGGUGCCCACGCCGAUGACGAGCACGGCCUCGUCCCAGGCUCGCCGAUCUUCGCGGUGUCGUGGGGAGAGACGCGGACGUUCCGUGUCACACCCAGACUCAGGGGCGCUGGCGCGAAGGUCGACCUGGAGCUCGGCGACGGGGACGUCGUCGUCAUGGGGGGCGCUUGCCAGCGCACCCACAAGUUACAUUCACGAGCACGCCGUGCCCGUAGCCAAGAAGCGCCGUGGCCGCAGGAUCAGCCUGACGUUCCGAUGCUUCAGGUCGCAGCAGGCUUCAGGGGCUGUGGGCGACGGGUGACCCAAGGUAUUUCCUCUACCGCUGGAGACCUUGAUCACUCUGCAUCCUGUCCUUCUACACCUCUUCCUUCCUUUAUUCCUUCCUGUCUUCCUUCAUCCCUUCGUUCUGCGUUCCAUCAUUACUUAUCAUUGACCACCUCCUCUGGCUCUCAUCCUCUCGUCCUUCUCCACUCC